AUGGCUUUAAUGCCGCAUAUGCGGGACGCUAAGUCUGAUGAUGAAAGCGAUGAGGCGAAUGACUGGCUUCCAGAGAUUAUAGUCGAAGAAAGCCACUUCCCAGCUUCGCUAUUUGGCUAUCAGUUUGCACUUGACAUAGCGCAGGACGCGAACUUCCAGCAAUUGCUGAGGAAUUUGAACAGUUUGGAAAUAUACUGUGACGCUCCACAUGAAAGCUUCUACGAACCUACGUCAAGCUGUUGUAUAGAUGUCUCUAUUGAAGAAGCGUUCAGCUCUCCUCAGAAGAUCUCCACCAGGCGCCCACUUGAGACAUCCAACAAUCGCCAAAUAACUUUGAGAACUCUGAAGAGAAUGUGGUGCCGGCUCGUUGCUCAUUAUUUUGAAUGGGUUGCUGGAGUGCCGGAGUUGCGGUUGAUGGAUGCGCAACAGAGAAUAAAGCUGGUAACUCGUCAGCUUUGCAAAAUUAUCUGCUUGGUCGUGUCUUUCUGGACAUAUCAAAGAGGAGAUGAAGGGAUAUUUUUUGGAAGUGGUCUCAGCUUCUAUCCGAAAGAGGAACACGAUCAUGUACUGUCUAAUUACCUCACUGCUCUUGCCAAUGUUAUACAAUCGCACGUCGUCACAACAUUUCAACAGAUAGGCGUUACAAGAGAAGAGUACCUGCUUUUAAAGCUAGUCGCACUUUUUGAGCAUGCAUUGACCAUUGCAGCAUUGCAUGUCCGUUUUCCACUAGCUGAUGGGUUGAUAGUCGAAAACGCAUUGACGAAGUAUCGCACAGCAAUGGUAAAUCACAUCAAAUAUAGUAAUCCACAACUUGAUCAUGAAGCCGUAAUGACCCGCAUUUCGACAUUGUUUGGAGUGGUGCCUUACUUAGAGUUACUCAGUGAACUUGACAACAUGCAUUUGACGAACUUGAUAAUGCGAAACAAUGGAGACAUGCAAGGACGACUUACAAAUGAAAUCCAUGUGAACUCAUUAAGAAUUGACUGAGAUUACCUGUAAUUUGUUGAUCUCCGAUGCUGUGAAAAUCACAGUCUUCCAGUAUCCUACAGCGUUUUAUCAUAAUUAUCCUUCUGGUUCAAUUUUUUUGAAUUACAAGAUACUUCAAAAAUUUCUGGCACUACCAGCGGCCAUGUAAUGCGCAUCAAAAGCGCAGGUUUGAGAGCGUUCACUAACGACAUCUUAUUUUUGAUUACUUAGUGGUCACUAGAUUUGCCUUAAUUGGGUUCGUCCAUUCAUAGUUUACUGUGC